AUGCUAAAGGGAAGAUUUUUGGCGACAUAUCAUCAACGGGCGUUACUGAUGUCGGAUGUAAAAUUAGCUGAUAGGUUACAAUACAUCUACAAGAAGUCGAAACAGGAUUGCACAUUGCUGAAGGCGGCGCAAAGGGUUAACCCUCGGGCGGUUUUUGUCAAUAAUGAGCUCGACUUGCACAAGAUCGGAGUGUAUGGGUUUGAUUACGAUUACACAUUGGCUGUGUACACUCGAGAUCUGAAUGAAUUGAUCUUUAACAUCGCCAUGAACAACUUGGUGCAGAAGCUCAAGUAUCCGGCAGAGUUGUUGGAUAUUCCUUACGAUGUUUCCUUUUCUAUUAGGGGGCUUCAUUAUGACAUCGACAACGCUUGCCUUCUGAAAGUCGAUGCUUAUAAUCAAGUCCAAAAAGAAACGGCUUAUCGAGGGAAGAGAGGCUUGACUGAGCAGCAGAUUCAACGGAUCUAUGGGGGCUUCAGUAUUCCUGAUAUGAAAGGGAGAAACCUUCCUCAACUGGUCGAUCUUUUCAGCCUCCCUUGGGCUGGAUUGCUGGCUACGGUAGUGGAAUAUCUAGAUAACAAAAACUUUGUUUUUGAUCCGAUGGGAUUGUAUAAUGAUAUUGCUGUAAGAGUGUACGAUCAAAGUCAGGAUGAACCAAUUUUAGGCUAGCGUCCAAGAAGUUCAUCUGUCUGGUGAAAUGUAUAGAUCGGUGAUGAGUAAUAUGGACAAGUAUGUCCAUCGGAACGCUGGGCUUGGUGAUUUCUUAGAGCGGGUAACUUCCCAUGGAAAAGAGUUAUUUAUUGUAACUAAUUCCCCAUUUACUUUCAUGUAAGUGCAUCUUACACAUUAAAACUCGUUUAGGAAUGCGGGGAUGACAUACAUGUUGGGGCCAGAAUGGGGGAGAUUCUUCAAGUAUAUCGUGGUAUCUUCGAAGAAGCCCGGCUUCUUCCAAGGAAACUCUCCAUUUCGGUUAUACAAUGAAUGCACGGAUUCUGUUUCAUUCGAAAAAGUGGAACGACUCGAGGCUGGAAAAAUUUAUUCUGGGGUGGGACUUUUAAAAAAAGAGAUCGGGUUUAUAUUAUAUAUGCAUUUUAGGGUAUUAUUAUGGAUUAUUAUAAUUAUCAUCAUUUUAGGGUAAUAUUCGAGAGUUCUCGUCCAAGGCUUUCUUUAAAAGGCGCGGCGUGCUAUACUUUGGAGAUCACAUUUACUCCGAUUUGGCAGAACCCAUGCUUCAACUUGGCUGGAGAACGGCCGCCAUUGUUCCAGAAUUGGCCAGAGAAAUCAGAACGCAGAAUACGGAUGGAUUCAGAUUGAAAGUUCUAUGGCUAGAGACCCUUUCUCAACUGAUAGAACAACAUCAAAAAUAUGGGAAGCAAGAGAUAAGUGCGGAGAAAGUGAUCCGAGGUUGGGCCGAGGAACGGAAACGCCUUCGACUCGAGCUGAAGUGCAUGUUCAACGCGCAGUUUGGGUCGAUGUUCAGGACCUUCCACAACCCGACCUUCUUCUGCAGACGUCUGAUCCGUCUUUCCGAUAUCUAUACGAGUCGGCUUCCCAAUCUAAUCCAGUAUGAUGAUGAUCAUACCUUCUUUCCUCGACGGAAUGCAUUAGCCCAUGAGCCUUAUCUGCCCGAACCGGAGAUUGUGGAUAUUUUGCUCGAGAAUCCACCUGUCAAGUCCGACAUCGAGUUUGAAGGAAGAAAAAAUGAGCUUACAUUAUGA